AUGGAUUAUCAUGCCAUCCAUGGCCACGACAUUGCCAGUUUUGACACAUCGGAAUCAACACAUCGCCUGCCCACGGUGCCGGCCUCACAGGCCUGGGAAGAGCUGAAGGCCAACCCGGCUACUCACAUCUCGACGGGACUCGACGCUCUUGAUCGUGCACUGCUGGGGGAUGCGGUUGAUUCGCAGGAUGCCGCGGCCAAGGGCGGCAUCAAGCGAGGCCAGGUGACUGAGAUAUGGGGACCCCCUGGUUGCGGCAAGACUGCUCUGGGAAUUCAACUGGCCGCCAAUGCCCUGAGUGAUGGUAACGGCGUGGUCUGGGUAGACUGCUUUCAGAACCUACAAACACAAAGACUAGCGAAUGUGCUGAAAAGCGUUCGAGAUUCGCGAAUCUUAGCGGGUUCGGGGGAGACGCAAGAUGUAGACCCAAGCAAGCUGGUGCACUACACUUGCAUGACGUUGCCGCAUCUGCUUGCAUUCAUCUCGCGGCCGACGACGACUACUAUUCCUCCGAAUGUCUCACUCAUCGUUAUAAGCUCUCCGACGGCCUUGAUCAAUUCCUUUUUGCCGAGAUCACUGGAAGGGAAAAGGAACCCUAAGCAAGCAAAGGGUCCCACUGCGUCUUCGAAACGCCUGCAAGGGCUACAGUUCAUCAUGAACACUCUGCAGAAGCUGGCCGCAACUAAGGACUGCGCCGUCGUCUUAUUGUCGCAGUGCGCAACCAAGAUGAGAAGUGAGCAGAGAGCUACGUUGGUCCCGUCCAUCAACACCACGGUCUGGGAGCAAGGCGUAUCUACAAGGCUAGUACUCUUUCGGGACUGGGCGUGGCAUGCCAAUAAGUCAUCAAGCGUCUUUCUGGCUGGCCUGCAAAAAAUUGAUGGCAGAGCCGUCCAAGACGCCUCCGACCACGUAUCCGCGUUUAAGAUUGAAGCUGCCGGCAUAUCGAGUGUCCACUACAAGGCCAGCGAUCCGGGUAUGGAGGUGGCGGUCGUGGCACAGCGACCAAAGCGGAAACUGGGGCAGACGGAGCUGGAGGUGCCGGACAGCGAAGACGAUGAAGAUUACGGCUGGGCAGACGAGGACGAGGACGCAUUGCCGCCGCCGCCGUCACAAUGGCAGGGGAGCGAGGAUCUGAUUCUGGGCAAGGACGCGGGCCUAAGCGAGGACGAGCAGGAGCCGGACGACGGGAUCCAGGAGUACUACUUUGAAGACGACGAGGCCGGGGAGGGCGACCGAAGUAACAACGAGACGGAUUGGCGGACUUGACCUGCGCU